AUGGGGUUGAACAAAUUGAUUUUGGUCAGUGUAGUGUUUCUACAAGUCUACAGUUUGAAAGACAAGAAGCUGUCUAUUGGUGGUAUAUUUCCUAUGAAUGGUAGUUGGGCUGGUGGUCAGGCCUGUCUACCUGCUGUAUUGAUGGCAUUACAAGAUGUCAAUAAUAGAAGUGAUAUUUUAAGAGAUUAUGAACUGGAAAUGAGUUUUGAUGAUAGUCAGUGUAUGCCAGGUCUUGGUACUAAAGUUCUAUAUAAUUUACUGUAUACUAAACCAGUGAAAUUAAUGGUGCUCAGUGGAUGUAGUAUUGUCUCAACAUUUGUUGCUCAAGCUGCUAAAAUGUGGAACCUAGUGGUGUUAGCAUAUGGUGCUAGUUCUCCAGCUUUAUCAAAUAGACAAAGAUUUCCUACAUUCUUUAGAACCCAUCCAUCAGCAACACUUCACAAUCCUACCAGAGUUAAAAUAUUCCAGAAGUUUGGCUGGACUAAAAUAGCAACUAUACAGGAUACUCAAGAGGUUUUUCAAUCUACUAAAGAGGACCUGUCUAAACGUGUAAAAGCAGCAGGUAUUAAUAUAGUAGCAACACAAACAUUUCUUACAGAUCCUGUUAAUGCUGUUAGAAGUUUGAAGAGACAAGAUGCUAGGAUUAUUGUUGGAUUAUUUUAUGAAGAUGCUGCUAGAAAAGUAUUUUGUCAGGUAUAUAAAGAGAAACUGUAUGGUAAGAAGUAUGUCUGGUUAUUAAUUGGUUGGUACCCUGAUAAUUGGUAUAAGAGUAAAUUAGACAGUAUUAAUUGUACAGGAGAUCAGUUGGCUGAGGCUUUAGAAGGUCAUUUUACUACUGAAGCUGUUAUUCUUCAUCAAGACUCUUCUAUGACAGAUGUAGGAAUGACAGCACCAGAGUUUACUAGAAGAUUAGAUGAGAAAUUAAGAUAUGAAAAGAAUAUAACAGAUACUAGUUUAGUGACUGGUUAUCCUGAAGCACCUCUAGCCUAUGAUGCUGUGUGGGCUAUGGCUUUAGCUUUAAAUAAAACUGCUGUCAGAUUAGCUGAAAAGAAUUUAAGCUUAUUAGAUUUUGAUUAUGUGAAUAAAAAUAUAACUGAUGAAAUUUAUUCAGCCAUGAAUUCCACAAAGUUUCUUGGUGUUUCUGGUAAUGUUGCAUUUUCGUCUCAAGGAGAUAGAAUAGCCUGGACUCAGAUAGAACAAAUGAUAAAUGGAACAUAUCAUAAACUAGGCUAUUAUGACAGUGUAGCUGAUAAUUUAACUUGGUUUGGGAAAGAAAAAUGGAAAGGUGGUAAAAUACCUAAAGACCAUACAGUAGUGGUGAAUUCAUUAAGAGUUGUGUCCCCUGCUUUAUAUUAUUCUAUGUGUGGUGUGGCCUCACUGGGUAUAUUAGCUGGGGUUGUAUGUUUAUUGUUUAAUUAUACCAAUAGAAAUAGAAGGAUUAUAGCAUUGUCUCAGCCUCUAGUUAACAGUAUAACCUGUAUUGGGUGUAUGAUAUGUUUAUUAUGUAUAUUUAUGGUUGGUUUAGAUGGUAAAUUUCUACCUGCUGAUAAAUAUUCUCUCAAAUGUCAGGUUGGAGCAUGGAUUCUAUCUAUAGGAUUUACUCUAGGAUAUGGUAGUAUGUUUGCUAAGGUCUGGAUGGUUCACAAAUUAACAACAGCUUCAAAAAAAGAGAGAAAGGAGUGGGGAGUUCAUGUAGUAUUAAGUAUCUUCCUGGCAUUAGAUGUAGCUAUUUUAACAAUAUGGCAGAUAAUGGAUCCAUUACAGAGAAAACUGGAAUUUUUUCCUCUAGAAAAUCCACGAAAUACUGAUGAAGAUAUUAAGUUAUUACCACAAUUAGAACAUUGUUACUCUGAACAUCUGUCUAUCUGGCUCGGUGUAUUAUUUGGUUAUAAAUCUAUAUUAUUGAUAUUUGGUAUAUUUUUAUCAUAUGAACUAAGAAGUGUCAAGUUAAAACAAGUCAAUGAUUCUAAAUUUGUUGCUAUGGGAAUAUAUAAUGUAGUAGUUAUGUGUGUCAUCACAGCACCAAUAACAUUAAUAAUAGGACAUCAACAAGAUGCUACUUUUGCUUUCAUCUCAUUAGCUAUUGUUCUAUGUAGCUUUUUAUCAAUGGGACUUCUGUUUGUACCAAAGAUGGUUGAAGUAAAGCGUCACAGUUCAGCUGAUGAAGAAGAUAAUUCAGGUUUAACAGACUCACUGGUCAGUAGAGAGGAAGAAGAGAGACACCAAAGAUUACUGGCUGAAAAUGAACAGCUGAAAAAACAAAUUGCUGAUGUAAGUAGAUUUAUGAGCUAUGAUAUAUACAUGUCUUUGUUAUGA